AUGUGUUCCCUGGAAACUGCAACGCGACAGUUAAACUUCGACAAGCCAAGAAUUCCCCGAAAGGAAACCGAGUAUCCCCGAGUGCCCAUUUGGAAACAUAAAAAGGGCCGUCGACUUGACUUCGGAGUAGCCGACCCUUCGGUGUUGCUCAACUGUCCUGGUAAGCAAAAAAAUGUAAUGUUUCCUUGAAAUGUGUCUUUUGGACUAGAAAUUAGCAUUCAGCGAAAAGUAAGGCAAAAUGACGUGUCUUCGUUAUUACGAGGUAGAAUUCUGUUUGAGUUCCUGAAAUUUAUUUUGGAUUUUUUUACUCAAGUCGGUAAGGGCAUUUGGAUUUGCGUAGGUAGAAGCAUUUGCUUUGGCGCGAUUCAUAUUCUUACUAACUUAACUGUUCACUCGUUGCAGAUCUUUUACCAGACCGAACUGACCGGCUAAAACACCUUGACAGAAUCAUCUAUACCAAUUAUCAGAAAUCUCAGCUUGAGGCUGUCUUCGGCAAGAACAAGUUUCCAGAUCGAAAGCAGAGAGUUGCCUUGGCAGCAAGAAUCAAUGUUCCUGUUGAGAAAAUCACGGUAUGUCUGAAAUUUCUUGCCUUGUUAGCUUUCGAUCCACGGCAAUUUUCCCGAAACCCACAAACGUCAAAACUUGUAAAAUGAAACUUACUCCUUAAUCUACUUGAUUUGGGCGUCGUUAUAGGUUCUAGAAUGAAGUGACACUAGGUUUAAUUUUUCGGCUAGACAUUCAAAUAAGACGUGCCACUUUGAUUAGAGGCUGUAGAACACCAUUUUUUGUUUGUCCAGGUCAUAAUCCAAUACGUUUCUAACAUUCUUUUAUUUUCAUUGUAGACAUGGUUUUCUAAUCGCCGUCAGAGGUACAGAAGGGAGAAGGCACGUGCUGGACUCCACCCGGUUCUGCCCGCUUCCCUGUUGGUUCGGUCUUCCUACCACAGAACAUCCCAGGAAAUCAGCAGCUUCCCCGAGCAACCUGUACAUCGGCUGGUACCACUGGAAAAGUUUCCGUCCCAAAGUUACCCGAUGGAUGCUCCGCUGUUGCCAUGCCAACGAGUCUACCUGCCUGUGUCGCUCGCACAGUACACGAACUUUGCAGAUACCCGUGAACAACAGCCAUCAGUGCCAUCUUGGUUCCCGACUUACCCGUCGAUGUCCUCGGGAUAUCCCGUCCCUGAAUCGUCCGAGUUCCAGCCGAACUUUGGCCCAGAUCCCGAACGCCUAGCAGAAGAGUAUCCAUUUUCUUAUCCGAUUGCGAAGGAGCUUCCGCACAUCUUUGGUAACGUGGAUGAAGAUGAAGUCCUGGAACGGCCGCUGACACCUUCGUUUGAGCCAACGAGUGAGUUUGAGUUCACCGACUUCGUCCAGCAAGAUGCAUUCGAUUCAUGUCGCUAUGGAGGUAGCAGAGACUUUUCCUGCGGAUUCGUGUCCAAAGGAAGAUAUUGUAAUAUUUAUAGACAAGAAUAG